AUGUCUCUUCUCUUUUACAAAAGACCCGAUUAUAUACCGCGUCCUCGGGGUGCAAUUGACCCAGCAGAGUAUGAACGAAACCUCGAGAAGAGCCGACGAUCGAUUCCCCCAGAGCUCUCGUUUGAGAUGGUCGUCUCGAAUCGAGCUCUGCCGCCCUGUUCUCUCGCUGAUUUCAUGAGCUAUUUAUCUUACGUCUCCUACGAUACCGAGAAUCUCCAAUUCUACCUUUGGUUCCAGUCUUAUACCAAACGAUUCUUCGAGGCCCCUAAAGGCGAUCAAGCUCUGUCACCACCUUGGAAUGAAGCCGCCUUCCCAGGUCCCUUCAGUCAAUCAGUCCCAGACCCAGCUCCUCCGAUUGUAGACAAGCCAACAGAGCAGACAGUCCCACAGACAGAUUUCGGAAUCAAUUUUGACAGCAAAGAUGUCCCGUUGCUUCACGCCCUCCAGCAUACCACCCACCCAUCCGCCUUCUCCAUUCCCUUCACCACUACAGCGCAAACUUUGCAGAAUCACUCCCACCCGAACUUCAUCCAUUGGUCCACCGCCAAUGGCAACAGACCGCGCAUUCUCUUCGGCCGUAUCCUUGGCGCCCUCAACAUACUCUUUGGCUUCCUGAUCGCCAUAUUACUCCUGCUCUCGUUUGAGUCUCGCUGGUGGCGUGUCUGGGCCUUACCGGCUUGGCUGCUAGGGUUUGCGUUUCUGCUGGCUGGCAGCAACGGCAUUUGUCUCGUACUUUACGUGACGCAUGAUCGGCAUCUGAGACCAUGGGAGCAAUUCGUAGAUCAAGAUAGCGAAUCGAAUCUGAAUGGGAGUAGUUUGAAGACGAGCCACAGUUUCGACAAUAGAUUCGAUAGCGAUCGCAUUACCCUCACGGGUUCCGACACAUUUUCACUUUCUCAGGAGACGAGUCAUAGCGGCACUGCUACGCGGGUAGGGACCAAGAAGAGCAAGGCACACACACGGGCACGUCUGGCACUAGAAACUUUCGGGACGGCGAACUCACACGGCCAUGAAGUAUGGGUGGAGAAAUACCAAGCUAAGAUGAUGAUUAGAAAGAUUUUUGAUUCGACGAUUUGGGUGCAGAACGAGAGUUUGCGCAUCGUCCAGGAUCGAGUGGCGCUGCAGGCUGUGGCAUGGAGUGUGCUGCAUUGCUCUCACCUGAGGCAUGUUCGGCGACCCGUCUUCGUUCUUCACGUAGCGGAAAGGCAUCUCCGUGCUUUCAUGUUCGUCGAGCUUCAAUUCCGGGAAAUCAAUAUAUGGAACGUCGUUGAGGGCGACUGGGCGGUGUCAGCAGCUUCAUCGUUAUGCCCACAUUCCCGUAGCAACCUUGAUCCUGGAUCACCAUUCUUGUCACUCGGACAGCAGUAUCCGUGGUCAUCUGGACUGGGCCUAGACGUCGGCCCUGGAAGCCUUUCUUACGCAACUCGGACGUUCUGUCUAGCCAUUGUAAGGCAAUCUGAAGGCUUCGACGGCAAGAAGGAUGGUGUACCACGUGGGGGGUCAUCACCUAGUAUUCCACCGAAUAAGAAAACGUCGAAGCUGUCGGCGUCUCCAGAUGCGUCUUCCACUGGACAGCAUGAGCAGUAUACCUACAGUAUACCUGGUCUGCGUCAACACGGAUCUCGAUAUGAUGCAGAUGACAAAGCCAAGCGAGCCCGAAUGUACGUCUCGUGGUAUUAUUUAUUAUUCUAA